GUCUAACAAUUAAAACAAGAAAAUUAAAAAUUUAGAUGAUUAAAUGGUCCAAUUCCUUAUAACUGUCCAUAUAAUGUUUAAAAAUGGAUUUUUUGAAGCUUGCAAGAUGAGGUUGGUUUUUAAUAUGGGCAGGCAUCAUAUUCCAGAGACGGCUAGUCGAUACUGAGAAAGACCUUCCACCCUCAGUCUCCCGUUUGAAUCGGGGGCAGACAAGGUUUAAUUGACCAUGCCUGCUCGUUCUUCUGUUCACGUCUGCAUUCCUAACAAGCAUCUGGGUAAGAUAAAAUGGGCACUUCCCUAGAAUCCGUUUAUAUACCAAUAUUGACUUAUUUAUUUUCGCUUCAUGGUAAAAUGGAGCCCAACCUAAUUGUUUGGUGAAUCAAAUGUUUUGGUUGAGAAUGGUAUUUUUGACAGUUGUGAAGUAUUCUGUCUUAACAUGCAGUCUGUCCACACUGUAAUAAAGCCGCCUUAGAUGAACCUCUCAAGUCGAUUGGCCAACGGGCGGUCAAAUAUAUCUCACUUCUGCGGGGGCAGUCCUGUAUGUUAAGCUCUGCUGCCGACGACGCACUUUCUUUGAAAGAAAAUUGUUGUAGGAAAAACGUUGGUUAUGAAAUGAUAAUAUUCAGACUAGUUGAGUGACACAUUUUAAUUCUCAGUCUUAUCAAUCAAACUUAAUAUUUUCUAUUUUGCCCAUAGAUUUAACUUAACAGGAACAUCGACUCCAUCACGUUGCAGCCGUCGAAGGAAAAAAUAAGCCCGUGACGUGCAAUGAUAAGAUAACACAAGAUACAGAUAUGAUAUGGCGGGAUAACAGUAUAGACAGAUCCUUAAAAUACAGUAUGGCCCGGGGUUAAUAAGAUACAAUCCUCUCAUUGAAUCCUACAAGUUAUUCUGCCGUACGAAAAAGAAUGCCACCCAUUACCGCUGAUCACAUACAGACAUGCCACAUCUACCGCAACCAAGAAAAUAUGGCUUCAAGUACAUAUUUAAUGACCGACUCGGUUCGAAGGCGUCCUUGUGUAAAAAUUUCCUGAUUUUGAAACUGCUCGAAGGCAAAUUGUCUUUGCUUUAAUUGACUUUUAAUCAGUAGAAAGUCGCCUUCAAAGAACGCGGUGCAACCACAUUUCAGUUGGACACAAAAUAAGACGAAGCGGCCAUGAUUACAAACCGAAGCUCGUUAUUUCCUAACAGAUAUAGUACAAGCAAAUCAAAACUCUUUCUUCUCUGGCUGAGAGAGGAUGUGUAAUGAUAAAUGAUCUACUGAGCACGUUAUGUUCAUUUAAUGUUCAAGACAUGCUAUUUGUCAAAUCGCAAGACCAUUAACCAACACACGAUUUCGAUUGGCUCGGAUCUCUGACUCCUGCUUUUCAGUCAACCCUAGUUUACAGCUGGCUCCAUAUUGUCAAAAAGCUAUAAUUAAGCAAAACAGUGAAAUGCAUUACAGCCCUGUUUUAAUAAUUAGAUGCUGGAGCACAAGCUUGGCAAUCUCAUAAAAUGGCGUGUUGUUUACUCGAAGAGCCCUAGAUGUCACUAAAAACCAACGAUAAGUCAAGAGAAAUUUAAUUUUGAGCAAAGGGCGAUGAACAUGCUACGUUAUAUUUCGGAAGGCACAUGAAUGAUGGACGAAAGAAGAUGUUUUUCCAGAGACAGAGAAAGCUUAUCAUUUUAGUUGAUCUUCUUGGAUUCAUUUUAUCAACAGGAAUAACGCUUGGUGAAGAUCUCAGCCCAGAAAAGAAACUGCAUAAACGAUUGUUCAAUGACAGCUACUACAGCGUCGACCUGUUGCCGCUGACUAAUCUCUCAAGCACAAUUAAUGUCUCCUUUGGAUUUGAUCUGGUUAAAAUCGUCAACGUGAACGCAAAAGAACAAUCUCUAACAGUGUAUGGCUGGGUUCAACAGAUAUGGAUAAAUCCUAUGCUGCGGUGGAAUGUGUCUGACUUCCAAGGAAUUAGAAAACUCCACGUGGAACCUAAGAGGGUCUGGGUUCCCGAUAUUCAUCUGUACAACAACAAUGAUGGUCAGGACCAUUUUGCAGGCGGAAGAAGCAGUUAUCGAUCUGGUGUAACCCUGUACUCAAACGGUACCAACACUUGGUUCAACCCAAAGAUGUUUACGACCCUGUGUGGAAUCAAAGUAAAGUACUUUCCCUUUGAUAUUCAGACAUGCGAGCUCAAAUUCGGCUCGUUGGUGUACGAUGCUCGCACACUGAACAUUGAGCCUCUGAAAAAGCUUAAAUUCCCAGCUGCGUAUUUCCAAGAAAAUGGCGAGUGGGAAAUUUACAAAGUUAAGAUGCAACGAAGCGAGCAAUACUAUCAACGCUGUCCAGACGAUCCCUUCGUCGAAAUAACCGUCACCAUCAAGAUGGGGAGGGAAAGCACGGAUUACUUCAUCAAUUUGAUUGUGCCUUGCUGCCUGAUCUCGUCCAUGAUUUUUCUUGGAUUUAUCCUGCCGCCGGAAUCGGGUGAGCGAAUAGGUUUGAGUAUUACGGUACUGUUGGCUAUGACCGUCUUUCAACAGCUCACAUCAGAGAUCAUGCCAUCUUAUGAUUUUCCCAUACUGGGACAGUAUUAUUUUGCUAUUAUCAUGGAGAUCGGAGCUUCUGUGGUGGUGACGACCAUGAUUUUGAACUUCUACCACAGAACGAAUCGAAAAAUGCCCGGAUGGGUGAAGAAGCUUGUGAUUGAUUGGAUCGCGACUAUCGUGUUCCUGACCAAUACUUCCGAGAAAAGAAAAAUCGUGCGUCGAAAAACCAUGAGAAGAAGCCGACGUCGACAGCGACAGAGAUCUGGGAUCCAAAACGAAUCACGCAAAAGGUCGAUCAAGAAGAAACCAGAGGACAUCAAAGACCAGCAGAUCCAGGGAUUCAAUAUGGUAACAUUCAGUGACACCAUCUACUGCGGGCCUCCGGUUUCUGAACCAGUGACCACGGACAUGGAAAAUCGUGGACGCCAAAUGAACUACGUUGUCAACUCGUACCCAUUCCAAAAUUCACACGAGGCGCUAGAAGGUCCACUUAAAAACAACGAAGAAGCUCGUCCGUACAUGGAUGAUAGCGAUACCUUGAGCGAGGACGAGUUGGCAAUCAGACAUUGGGAAUGGACUUUAGUCGCAAGGAUUCUGGAUCGCUUUUUCCUCGUUGUGGCGAUUAUUUGCGGCAUAAUCACGGUCUCGGCAAUAUUCUUACGGGCACCAAAGUUGUGGCAAGAUUUGAACAAGUUAACAAAGGAUAAUCCUGAACCAUUAGUUGACGAAUAGAUGCAAUGCAAGAGAUAAAUAAUCCAGUGAAUCCAUGGAACUGAAUUUUAUCCCUUUUUUGCCUUAAACGAUCAGCAUUCAGCGAAAUGUCAAGCCUUAAUUUGAAUGCACUGCAUUUUUAUAAUUAUCUCUUUGCUUACUUUUACGUGCUAAGAAAGUUAUAAUAGAGUAACACUUCGAGGUAGCACGUUAGUUGAUCCAGCGAUAUCGAAGAAUAUCAAACAUGCCAAUGAGCUACAACAAUUACAUUAAGGGUGAGACAGCAUAGAUUGAAAACUGUUGGUUUGUGCUGUUUUAUCGCCCAUGCUUCAAUACAAACUUAACGUAGCUAUACGUCAGGGUUUGUGCAUCUUGAAAAGUUUAGCCUUAGUUUCUCAAAUUCGUCGUCUGCAAUCCGUGUUAAUCUAUUUCAUCCUAAACAAUCCUUGUUCCAUUAUGGCUUAUUAUUAUCUCUUUGGUGUUUUUCUAUCUUAGCGAACUUUUAUUUUCAGAUUGGUAAUAACUCAAAAUGCCGUGACUGAGCUCCUUAACGUUUUCCUCAUAUUUAGCCAGUCUUAACAUGAGAUCAACAACAAAAAUUACACUAAACAAAACAUUGUUAACUUGUGUUAGAUAUGUGAGAAGUUAUGAUGCCAAUUACAGCUUAAAAGUUUCCAAUCGCAGUGCACUAUUUGUAAAUUUCCGAUCGUUGGCAAUGUUAACAUUUUCUAUAUACAGCUUUGUUCAGAAAAUAUCUUGAAUUCGAGUGUUUGUUCAUUAUGCGUUAUCGCAGCCUGUUUCAAUUAUUACAACUACAUGUUUUUUAAUAUUGUAGUUAAUUUCUCCAGUACUAUAAAAAGCUUGAUUAUUCGCAUUAUCCAAUAUUUGUCAGUCAUCUGAAGGCGUAAUUGAAGUCAGGAAAAUUUUUAUCUAUUAACUAUACGCGACGGUAAAGAGCAGUUACUGGUUACAGUGGUGUAUCAUGAAAAUGUGUCGGACGAAGUUACAAUAAAUCGUUCUUUUACUAGUGUGAAAAUUA